AAUGAGCCAAUAAAAAAGCAGAAGAGAAACAGCUGAGAGAUUUUCUUGGUUCCGGAGGAGCUAAGAAAAUGGUGGCGGCAGACGUCGGACUCCUCUCCUUCUCCGCCCGCAUUCCCUCUCUUUCUCCGCCGCCGCCGCCGCCUUGUCUCCGAUUUCCAGUCAACAAAUUCAAACCCCUUUCUAUGGCCUCAAUGAGCGAAGAUACGGUUCGAGAAUGGAUCCUAACCGAAGGAAAGGCGAAUAAAAUAACCGGCAUUCGUCCGAUCGGCGGCGGUUGCAUUAAUCGCGCUAGUCGUUACGACACUGAUAUCGACUCGUUUUUCGUCAAAACAAAUAGGAGUAUUGGAGAGUCGAUGUUUGAGGGAGAGGCUUUAGGCCUUAAUGCCAUGUUCGAAACUCGAUCCAUACGCGUUCCUAAACCGUUUAAGGUUGGACCUUUACCGACAGGUGGCUCGUACAUAAUAAUGGAAUUUAUCGAAUUUGGUGCAUCGAGGGGGAGUCAAUCGGCACUAGGACGGAAGCUAGCUGAGAUGCAUAAAGCUGGAAAAUCGGUAAACGGCUUUGGUUUCGACGUUGAUAACACAAUUGGAAGUACUCCACAGAUAAACACGUGGACAUCAGAUUGGAUCGAGUUUUAUGGAGUGCACAGGUUAGGCUAUCAAUUGGAGUUGGUAAAACAACAAUAUGGCGAUUCCUUAAUUUACGAAAAAGGACAAAGGCUUGUGAAAAACAUGGCACCUUUAUUCGAUGGUGCCGUAAUCGAGCCUUGCUUAUUACACGGAGAUUUAUGGAGUGGGAAUAUCAGUUCAGACAAAACCGGCGAACCUGUCAUACUCGACCCUGCUUGUUACUACGGGCAUAACGAGGCGGAAUUUGGAAUGUCGUGGUGUGCUGGAUUCGGAGGAUCAUUCUACACUGCAUACUUUGAGGUGAUGCCAAAACAAGAUGGUUUGGAGGAAAGGAGGGAUUUGUACUUGCUGUAUCACUAUUUGAAUCAUUACAAUUUAUUCGGUUCCAGUUAUCGUUCGUCUGCCAUGUCCAUAAUCGACGAUUAUUUAAGGAUGUUGAAAGCUUAGCCUCGUUUUCUUUUUUUCUUUUUUUUUUUGUAAUGUUUGUAUGAUCGAAAUUGUCGAAAUUUUCUCCAUUUGUAAAUGUUAUGGUUUUUCUUUGUGUUUGUGAAAA